AUGUAUGUUGUGUCCUUCUUGUGGACUCCUUUCCUGGCGCCUGCGACGCUGACUCUUUGGUUCUCCUUCCUUACUGGCCGUUUCCUGGAGCGCUUCUUCGACAUCGAGGACAUGACGUGCUCUGCCUUCCCAUGGAGCUCCCUUGGGACUCCAGCUCGUCAAAGCAUCCCAGCGCUGAUCCACGCAAUGCUCUGGACUGUCCUGACGUUCUAUGCCUUCGCGUCUGCCGGUUGCUCUGUGGCUCAGCGCCGCUGGCUUCACACCGCAGGCACUGCCUUCUUCAUGCUCCUUGGAGCCUUGCAGCUGGCCGUCCUGCUAGUCGGCUAUGGCGCGUGGAAGAACCCUCUCUUCUGGGGAUCGACGUUGG